AUGGAGAAGGUGGUUGCUUGUCCAUUCAAAAGGCCAAAUGCUCUCUGUAGGCUGAUUUGCUUUCCGUGGGCUGGAGGUGGAACUUCUCAACUUGCUCAAUGGGGCAAACUCUUCAGCAGCUCAAUUGAAGUGUCCUCUGUAAGGCUUCCUGGAAGAGAAUCUCGUUGUAAGGAGCCUUUUGCGAAAGACAUGGCAACCAUAGUUAAUGAAAUUGCAAGUGCUUUGUUAAAAGAAUUGCAAGAAAAACCAUUUGCAUUUUUUGGUCACAGUUUUGGAUCUUAUAUUAGUUUUGCAGUUGCGCUCCACUUGAAAGAAAAGUAUGGACUAGAGCCGAUCCAUCUUUUUGUAUCAGGGGCGCAUGCCCCAAACGUAAGUUACAGAAUCAUUAACAGUACAAAACAAAACAAAGAUGAAGACAUUCUUACAUAUAUAGAAAUUUUAGGAGGAACACCUACUGAGCUUCUGCAAAAUGAUGACAUUAAGAAACAUCUGAUAGAUACUUUCAGAGAAGACCUUAGAGUUCUUCAGACAUUUUCGUUUGAGAGGGCAGAAAGGAAUAUCGCCUUCUCUUGUGAUAUUACCUGCUUUGAUGGGUCUGAAGAUAAACCACAUGAUUUAGAAG